UCGUUCACAGCUCGCUCGCUUCGGGCCUUCGCGGAAUAGGAAGGGACGACACAAGCAGCUGGUCUGGGCCGCGCUGUGAUGUUGUGGCCAAGGUGUUAAUACAGCGUGUGGAAGUUCCUGAGCAGUCUGUGGUUCUGUUGUUUCUAUGUCGCUUUGCUCGCACUGAACUCUGACAUAGAUUACGUGUUCCGUGAUUUGAAGAGGAGGGCCGUCACGAAAUGAGUUACCCAGAUCUGCCCUUCCUGGGUGAAGCUCUGGGUGAGACCAGAUGCGAUUGAACCAAACAGCUCUUCUCCCGUCUUGGCUGUGCUGAGAAUCCCUUUAAAAAAACACUCUUGGAAAAGCUUUUGCGGGCUUUCCCUUUGGAGCGUGGGGGAAAUGGUAGCAUACAAAUUAUGAACUUCUGAGAGGCCUGGGUCUCCAAGUGGAGGUGGAAGAAGACAGCCCAAGCCUCCAGAGCACUCCUUACUUCUCUUGUUCCAUGCCCCUUGUGCAGGGCAGAAUUGUAGCAAGUGGUUGAUACCCUUGUCACAGGAACCAAGGAGAAUAAAAAUGAGUGGUGGGUUGGCACCAAGCAAAAGCACAGUGUAUGUGUCCAAUUUACCCUUUGCUUUGACUAACAAUGAUCUGUACAGGAUAUUUUCAAAGUAUGGGAAAGUUGUCAAAGUUACCAUUAUGAAAGACAAAGACACCAGAAAGAGCAAAGGAGUUGCCUUUAUUUUGUUUUUGGAUAAAGAAUCUGCACAAAACUGUUCUCGGGCACUUAAUAACAAACAGUUGUUUGGAAGAGUAAUAAAAGCAAGUAUUGCCAUUGAUAAUGGAAGAGCAGCAGAAUUCAUUCGCAGGCGUAACUACUUUGAUAAGUCGAAGUGUUAUGAAUGUGGGGAAGCAGGACACUUAAGUUAUGCUUGUCCUAAAAAUAUGCUAGGGGAGCGGGAACCACCAAAAAAAAAGGAAAAGAAGAAGAAAAAGAAAGUAGUGGAGCCAGAAGAAGUUGAGGAGGAAGAAGAAAGUGAAGAGGAAGGUGAAGACCCUGCUCUAGAUAGCCUCAGCCAGGCCAUAGCUUUUCAGCAAGCCAAAAUUGAGGAAGAACAACAAAGAUGGACACAGACUGCAGGGGAAUCUUCAAUUUCAGAUGAUUCAAAACGUCCACGGAUUAAGAAAAGUGCUUAUUUCAGUGAUGAGGAAGAACUUAGUGACUGAAAUAAUACUGUUCUAAAUGCAUAUGUAAGAUAUAUAUAGUGUAUAUUUUGUAAAAUGCUACAAAGUGAUCUGUAAUACAGGUUUGUUUUAGUGUUGAAGACAGUGAAAAAUCAUGGGGGUUUUUUAUUCUGUCCCCUGAUUCUCCCAUCUUUUUAUAUUUGUGUCUCAAAACCUUACCUUUCAAGACAGCUUUUUAAGAUAAUGAUCUAAUUAUACACUUAAAUCCAGAAAAGUAUCUGUGAGAAUGCAUCUUGCAGUUAGUGUCUAGAUCCAAGUCCUAGCAGUGAAAUGUUUCAUGAGAGAAUUUCCAAGGCUCUUUUCCUAAGAGGAGUUCCUCUUAGGAUGACUGUUAACGCCACUGAUGCUUUAUGUACUGGUCUGUUUGGAAGCAGUGCUUUAGUAGUACUUCAGUAGAUUAUGAAACUUGCAUUAGUUCCUCUGCAUAGGGUUGAAUUUCAGCUUUAGGCAUUGUCUUUUUACUCUUCAUGCAGUACUAUAAUAAAUUAUUGUUACAUCAA